AUGGUUCGGUAUGGCCUCGUGGAUCUACCAAUCCUUGUUACUGCCGACAGUAACACGGCGGUGGACAACUUAGUCAAGGGCAUCGGAAAGACUGGGGUGAACAUCGUGAGAGUCGGUCGGCCAGAGGCCAUCCGCGAAGAUGUGAAGGCCUAUGCCCUUGACGGCCGGUGGAAGGAUCUUAAGAAGGCCGAGGUGGUCUGUGCCACAUGCAUCGGUGCAUCCGGCACCACCUUGGACAAGGUGCGUUUUCCCACCGUCAUCGUGGACGAGUGCACGCAAGCUGCGGAAACAGCCGCAUUAGUACCCAUCGCCAGAGGCUGCCAGCAGGCAAUCCUGAUCGGCGACCAGUGUCAGCUACCGCCCACAGUCUUGUCGGACGUCGCCGAGACAGAGAACCUUGGCGAGUCCAUGUUCACGCGGCUGGUGACGCAGGGCGUUCGGCCCUGUCUUUUGGACACCCAGUACCGCAUGCACCCGUUGGUGGCGGAGUUCGCCUCGGCGGCCUUCUACAAUGGGCGGCUGCAGAACGGCGUGUCUCACAUUCACCGCAAGCCUCCAGACGGCUUUCCAUGGCCUCAGAGGCACAUGCCGGUGGCCUUCAUCAACUUAGAGAAGUGUGAGGAGAAACGCGAGGGGCAUGGCUCUUCCUACAUCAAUCCAGCGGAGGCCGAGAAGACGAUGUGGGCGCUUCUCGAGGUCACCAAGAACGGGAAGAUUGGCCCGGAGGACGUUGGCAUUGUGACUCCGUACAAGGGGCAGGUCCGACUCCUGAAGAAGCUCAUCAACGAGCGGCCGGGGCUUCAGAAGUUCCGGUCUGGCUUGGAAGUCGAGUCCGUCGACAGAUUCCAGGGCCAAGAGAAGGAGGUGAUCAUCUUCUGCGCGGUUAGAAACAAUCGCGAGGGAAAGGUCGGCUUCUUGUGCGACUGGCGUCGACUCAACGUCAUGCUCACACGAGCGCGUAUCGGCCUCAUCGCCCCCUGGCGGCAGCCUAGGAUCGUGCACCCUAUAGGGUCCAUGUACCUACAUUCGGGUUUAGGGUUUCGGGUUUUGGGUUUAGACAGCAUAUACUUGGGCCUGAACGGGGGGGUUCCCGUAGAGUGGCUCAUAUGCUAUAUAGGUACAUGGGCCCUUAGGGAUGAGGGUGGGUUUAGGGUUUAG